CUCACUCUCUAAUGACAUUUUUAAAAGACAAUAUUUUCAUGGUUUGUUGUUUGUAUAGAGAGAUAUAGUUGAUUUUCAUAUAUUGACCUUGUAUCCAAUGACCUUGCUAAAUUAACUUACUAAUUCUAAGAGUUUUAUUUAUAGAUUCCUUUGGAUUUUCUACAUAUGAUUAUAUCAUCUACAAAUAAUGGUAGUUUAAUUUCUUUUUUUCCAAUCCUUAUACUUUUUUUUCUUUGCUCUUUUUACACAGGCUAGUAUCUCCAGUGCAAUGCUGAACAGAAGAGAUAAUGGGGACAUCCUUGUCUCAAUCUUGGGGAUAUCUUUCAGUAUUUCACUAUUAAGUGGCCUGUUUGCUUUAGAUGUUUUAGUGAUAUUCUUGAUUAUGCUAAGGAAAUUACUUUCUAUUCCUAAGUUAUUAAAUGGGCUUGUUUUUUCCUAAAAUCAUGAACGGGCAUUGAUUUUAUCAAGUGCUUUUUCUGCAUCUACAGAUAUAGAUAAUCUAUAACUUAAAAUUUUUAUUCUAUUGACAUUUAUUUUUACUCCCAGUGAUUGAUUUUGGAAUAUUAAGACAAUCUCUCAUUCCUGAAAUAAACUCAACCCAGCAAUGUUGUAUUUUUCUAUCCAAAAUUAUUUUUAUUGAGAUUUUUGCAGUUAUGUUCAUGAGAGAUUGACCUUAAUUUUGUCAGAUUUGGUAUCAGGAUGGUGCGGAAAUAAAAAUGAGUCAGGAAGUAUUUCUUUUCUGGAAGUGUUUGUAAUUUGACAUUUUCCUUAAAUGUUUGGAUGAAAACUCUUGAUAACAUGCUUCAGCACUAGUGUCAUAGGCCACAUUUUGGGAAACAAUUGUCUAGGGCAAGACUUAAACAUGAAAGAGUCAAUUCUUGUCAGUUUGAAUGCUCUUGUUUUUGUUCAUUUCCUCCCUAUGCAGCACCAGCCGCUUUACUUUUUCCUUCCCAGCUGUGUGGGGCUCAGCUAAGUCACCACACGGGAGAGUGGUAAGGCCAUUUGAAACCAAGCCUGGUUCUCAGGACUACACUCUCUCCCUGCCACCAGGCAGCCUGCCCCAGUCCUGCUCAGCCAUCUCUACACUCCUCUGACAGAAUGAAUGCCCUCGAUGAUGUCCCCUUCAAGGUGCCCAAUGGCUUUGUGAUAGGCACAGAGCCCCUUCCUGGGCCAGAGCUCAGCGUCCCAGCUUGCAGGGAGCUUCUGCUGGGUUCUAUGCACGACUUCAGCCUGGAGAGGAGGGCGCUCUUCUGGGUAGAGGCUGUCCUCCGGGGACCCUGCCCGUUCCAAUGCGACGCCCCGGGAACGGUGUCAGCGCCUCCCGCCUGGCUGUUGCUGGUCAGUCCCGACCGCGAGCCGGUGCCGAUGCCUGCCGCAGACACGGGCCCUGAGGCUGGACCCCAGCAGCGGCUUGAGGAGGAGGUGGAGGAGGAAGAAAACCAGGACGAGGACCACGACGAAGAAGAAGCCGCCUCCGCCAGCGAGGAAGAGCCACGUCCCUGCAGCCCCCAGCCCGGCCCCCCUGCGAGCCCCGCCCCCCCUGCGAGUCCCGGCCCGGGCCAUCCACGGUGCUCGCUGGACAUGCUGCGCGGCAUGAGGUCGGAGCUGGCCGGAGCGCGGCGGCGGCUCUCCGAGGGCAGGCUGGCCGCCCGCCCCCGCGCCCUCCUGCACCGCAUCCGCCACCGGGCGCUGAGCCUCUGCCCCAGCCCGGCACCGAGUCAGUGCCCCGUGCCGCCCCCGGGCCCCGCGCCCCCACUCCCCAGCACCCCCGCUCCGCCCCCGCGGCCCUCCACGGCCGGCGCCAUGCCCCCGCUGCGGAGUCACAAGCCCACGGUCGCGUCCCUCAGCCCGUAUACCUGCCUGCCACCUCUUGGGGGGGUGUCUCAGAGUCUCAGCACCUGUAGAGCACACCCUGCUUCUGCUGACCUGCUGUCUGCCCUGAGCCAGGAGGAGCAAGAUCUCAUCGGGCCAGUGGUUGCCCUGGGGUAUCCCCUGCACAGGGCUAUCGGGGCUCUGCAGAAGACAGGGCGACAGAGCCUGAGCCAGUUUCUCAGCUACCUUAGCGCCUGUGAUCGGCUGCUGCGGCAAGGCUAUGAGGAGGGCCUGGUGGAAGAGGCCAUGGAGAUGUUCCAGUUCUCCGAGAGCCAGGCAGGGGAAUUCCUGCGCCUCUGGGAACAGUUCAGUGACAUGGGCUUCCAGCAGGACCGGAUCAAGGAAGUACUGCUGGUCCAUGGCAACCGCCGUGAGCAAGCCCUGGAGGAGCUGGUGGCCUGUGCCCAGUGACCUCGGCGCUUUCCACAAUGCCUGUGCAUCCCUCAACCUGUGCCAGACCUGGCAAUCCAUUCCAGCUCUGUUAUUAAGACUAUAUAAGAGGGGCGCCUGGCUGGCUUAGUUGGAGCAUGUGUCUCUUGGUCUCAGGGUUGUAAGUUCAAGCGCCACUUUGGAUAUAGGAGAUUACUAAAAAAAAAAAAAAUAAUAAGUAAACUUACAAAAAAAAAAAGACUACAUAAGAAUAACAGUGAGGUGUGCUCAUUGUAAAAAUGUAAAUAAUGCCAAAGGCCAAAGGUGGAGGUAAAUAUUGUAGGGGAGGCCAAACUUUACCCAUUUAGGUUUUCAGCUGGGGCUCUUGAACAAAAAGAUUAAGAAGAGAAAAACAGUUUAUUAAUGCAUGUGGCACACAUCAUGUGGGAGAAACCUCAGUAAAAAAGUAACUCAAAGCAGCAGUUACAGCUCUGGCUUCUAAAGCAUUUUCAACAAAGACAGUAAAUUUGUAGAGAAAUACAGGACAAAGGAAACCGGUUUUAGGCUUCCAGGGAUGGCAUGCUGUGGGGAGGGUAAAUAUGUGGAAAUAAACCAAGGAGUAGGAGUAUUUGCAGAUCCCUCUGGAGCAUCACUGGGCUGAUAAAAAUCUACUUCCAGAAAAGGGGAAUUUAUACCUUAGAAUUAGGCAAAAUUGGGGGGUGGGGAGGCGAGGAAGGGUAGGGAGGGCCUUUUUCCUGCAUUUGCUGCUCUUUUUUUUAAUGUUUAUUUUUGAGAGAGAGAGAAAGAGCAUGCGAGUCUGAGCAGGGGAGGGGGAGGGGCAGAGAGAGAGGGAGACAGAAUCCAAAGCAGGCUCCAGUCUCUGAGCUGUCAGCACAGAGCCCGACAUAGGUUCGAACUCACGAACCCUGAGAUCAUGACCUGAGCCGGAGUCAGAUGCUUAACUGACUGAGCCCCCACAAGCGCUCCUGCAUUUGCUGCUUCUUAAUUACCUUCAACUCAAAAUAAUUUUUAUGUCAAAGAGGCAUAUUUUGGGGUGAUAUUCUGGUCUCCUUCAAUACUAAAACAAUCAGCUGAGAGUUGAAAGUGUUUGCUUCUGGGGAGGGAUAGAGGGGGGAGCAUGGACAAGGAACUGUGUUUUCUCAUACAAGCCUUGUAAAACUACCUGUACUGGACUCUCUGUGUGCAUUAGUAAUUUUGAUUUUAAGAAUACUAAAACAGGGGCACCUGGGUGGCUCAGUUGGUUGAGCAUCCGACUUUCGAUCUCAGCUCAGGUCUUGAUCUCAGAGUUGUGAGUUUGGAUCCUGCAUUGGGCUCCAUGCUGGGUGUGGAGCCUACUUAAAUAAAUAAAUAAAUAAAUAAAUAAAUAAAUAAAUAAAUAAUAAAAAUAAAUACAUGGUGAGCAGUUCUUUUUGGUCCUGUGGGCUCCUGGUCAUAGUGUGGAAAGAACAUCUAACUGGUUCAGAAGACCUAAUUCUUAUUUUGUUUCUGCUAAUGACUGGCUCAAGGCCUCUUUGGGCCUUAGUUUCCCUGGGAAAAGUGGAGAGACUGGACAUGGCUACUAUCCAUAAAAAUCCCCUGGAGAGUGUGUUAAAGAGUCCCAGGCCCUACUCCUGGGUGAUUUGAUUUAAAAAGUCCAGUUUGGCAGCCCCAGGAAUCUGUUUUGUUUUUGUAAGAAACUCUCCAGGGUUGUUUUUGGUUUUUUUUUUUUAUCUUUUUUUUUUUUUAAUUGCUUUUGUUGUUGUUGACCUCCUGCACCCAUUUCUUCCAGCCACUAAUCUGUUCUCUGUAUCUCCAAGCUUGCUUUUUGUUCUUAUGGUUUUCUUUUUCAGAUUCCAUAUACAAGAGAAAUCAUUGUGGUAUUUGUCCUUCUCUGUCUGACUUAUUUCACUUAGCAUAACACCCUUGAGGUCCAUCCAUGUUGUCUCAAAUGGCAAGAUUUCAUUCCAUUUAUGGCUGGAUAAUAUUCCAUUGUAUAUAUACACCACAGUUCCUUUAUCCGUUCAUCCAUGUAUGGACAGUUAGGUUGUUUCCAUAUCUUGGUUAUUGUAAAUAAUGCUGCAGUGAACAUGGGGUGCAUCUAUCGUUUGAGUUAGUGUUUUUGUUUUCUUUGAAUAAAUAUCCAGAAGUAGAACUUCUGGAUCAUAUGGUAGAUCUAUUUUUAAUUUUUUGAGGAGCCUCCCUAGUGUUUCCCAUAGUGACUACACCAGUUGCGUUCCCACGAACAGCGCACAAGGGUUCCUUUUUUCCCACAUCCUCACCAACACUUGUUAUUUCGUAUCAUUUUGUUAAUAACCAUCCUAACUGUUGUGAGAUGACAUCUCAUUGUGGUUUUGAUUUGCAUUUCCCUGAUAAUUAGUGAUGUUGAGCAUCUUUUCAUGUACCUGUUAGCCAUCUGUAUGUCUUCUUUGAAAAGAUGUCUAUUCAGAUCUUCUGCCCAUUUUUAAAUAGAAAAAAAAAUUGUUGUUGUUGAGUUAUAGGAGUUCUUUACAUGGUUUGGACAUUAGCCCAUUAUCACAUAUAUGAUUCACAAAUAUUUCUCCCAUUCAUUAGUUGCCUUUUCAUUUUGUUGAUGGUUUCUUUUGCUGUGCAGAAUCGUUUUCUUUUCCACUUGUUCAUUUUUGCUUUUGUUGCUUUUGCUUUUGAUGUCAGAUUAAAAAAAUCAUCACCAAGACCUAUGUCAAGGAACUUACUGCCUAUGUUGUCUUCUAGGAGUUUUAUGGUUUCAGGUCUUACAUUCUAGUCUUUAACCCAUUUUCAUUUAAUUUUUAUGUAUGGUAUAAGAUGAUGGCUGAGUUUUAUUCUUUUGCAUGUGUCUGUCCUGUUUCCCCAGCCCCAUUUAUUGAAGAGACUAUCCUUUCCCCAUUGUAUAUUCUUGGCUCCCUUGUUGUAAAUUAAUUAGCCAUAUAUGUAUGGAUUUAUUUCUGGGUUCUCUGUUCUGUUGCAUUGAUCCAUGUGUCUGUUUUUACACCAGUACCUCUGAGGAUUCUUAUUCAAUAUAAUGGGCCCAUGGCCAGUGUGUGUGACCCUCAGGGCCAGCAGAUCUAGGCCUUCUUCUGCUCUGACAAUCUGGCAGUCUUUCCUCAUUUGUGGAGCAGACAGGUUGGGACCAGAAUUAUCUCCAGUCACCCAGGCCUACCCUCUGGAGGACCCCAGGCAUUGAGGGGACCAGUUGUGGGAACUGUUCCAUGAUGAGGCAGCAGAGGUCAGAAGCCAAGACACUAGCGCCCCCGCCCUUCCCAACUGGCCCUGUGCAAAGACCUGCAGCAGUUACCAGAGAAUCAAGACCUCUCAGACAUCUCCACCCAGCGAGCAGGACUGGACCUGGAGCAGAAGCCCAUAAAAAAACAAAAUCUUCCACGCUUCUCAUGGCUUCAACCCAGACACCUUGUUGGAAUGUGUAGUGAGGACUUCUGCGGGCCUAUACAGGCCUAAACAACGUCUGGGACCAGAACCCAGGACUCCUCAGGUCUAUCCAGCCCCUGGGUGCUUUCCACUAAGCCUCGAUGCCUGCCAACUUGAAAUCACAUUAAAAAUAUUCUUUGGCCUUAAAACUUGCUUUGAGUAACUUGCGGGCAAUGCAAAACUAUUCGAGAACGUUGGCAAGACGGCAUAAAGUUGGUCAAAAACAAAACUGCACUUGAAAAGAAUAAAAUUCAAGUUCAAUUUCUAAAAAAGCAGUGUUAAAUCCAAACCCAUUUGUAUUCUGUUUGUUCUUAAAGAUUUUUUAAGUAAUCUCUACAUCUAGCAUAGGGCUCAAACCCACAACCCUGAGACUGAGAGUCACAUGCUCCAUCGACUGAGCCAGCUAGGUGCCCCUCAAAGCUAUGUGUGUUUUGAUUAAGGUAGUCUGGCCUCAGCCUGCCACCUUAUUAAGUGCCCUUGAUUAGAAGCGGCCAAUUGGUAGGCUCCUCACUCAUGUUGCACGUCCUUCCACCAUGCCACUCCUCCCAUCCUUCGCCCACCUGCACAAAACUUCCCACUCCUAGGAAACUACUGCCUGAUUUAAAAUGGUGCAUCAAUCUGACCCCUGAUUUCAGCUCAGGUCAUGAUCUCUCAGUUAGUGAGUUUGAACCCUAUAUCAGGCUCUGUGCUGAUGGUGUGAGGCCUCCUUGGGAUUUUCUGUCUCUCCCUCCCUCUCUUCCCCUCUCUGCUCACACCCUGUCUCUCAAAAUAAAUAAAUAAACUUAAAAAAACAAAACUACUUUGUUAAAAAAAUAAAUAAAACGGGGGCAUCAAUCGGCACAUUAUAAAUUUAAAAUGUUUUUAGGAGGUGGGAUAGUGUAGUAGUUAAAGGCAUGGGUUCUGAAGCUGAAGGCGUAGAUCUGAGCUGAAACUGUAGCCUUAUCACUAACUAGCUGUGUCACCUCUAGAAAGUCCCAUAUCCUCUCUGUACCUCAGUUCCUUAUCUAUCAAAUAUGGAUUCUGAAACUUCCCAGUUGGGAUGACUGAAUGAGAUAGCACACAGGCAGCUUGUGGCAUGGUAUCUAGUAGCUAUUUACUGGUUUAUACAUAUUUAUACCCUGCCGUGGUUCUGUAAUUACUGCUACCUUUACUCUGAUCAUCCUCCUCAUCACUUAUGGUCAACAAAUCUCUAGCAUUUAUAAUGGAGCUCAGAAAACCUGGGAGAACGCCUCCAACCCCACCCAUGACUCAGCCUCUCUGGUCAGCAGGAUGUAAGGAAGCCACAGCAGAGGAUUCUGGGAGUACCACCUGAGAGGGUAAUCUCUACAGCUAAUACUAAGGGUCAGGUGACUGUAUUGGUGGCCCCUUGAAACAGCAGCAGAUGACACACUUUGCUACCUGAAGGCAGGAUCUUAACAAGAUGACUCUUGGAGAGGGGGCCAGGAGGAUGGCGGAGCCAGGGCACUGGGUGGCAACCAAGGUCUGGCCUGGAGAAGCAGAAUGAAGCAAAUUCUACCUUAGUUCUUGCUGUCACUUCUUUCCCCUCUACUCUGCCUCCUGUGUUCCCACCAUGUUCCCUCAGAGCUCAGUGCCAGCAGAUUGAAGAAGGCCUCCUGACUCUGGGAGUUUGGGGGUGGGGG